AUGAAUUCCUCCUCGUACAACUUUAAUGUGACGAGUGAUCGAGACUCUCAGGAAACAGCUGUGAAGAAGAAUGUGUUCCUACUGGCUCUUGGUCUGACCAUCAACUACAUCAAGUGCUCACUGGUUCACACCUUCAGGAAGCACCAGAUGUUUGACCUGAAUCCUCGUUACAUCUUCUUCAUCCACCUGGUGUUGAACGACCAGCUCACUGCAACAAUCAGCCUGUUUCUCUUUAGUUACGUCUUCUACAAGAUCCAAGUGACGCUCUGCUGCCUCAUCGUCUCUCUGGCCAUCUUCACCAGCCUCAACACGCCAUUGAACUUAGCUGCCAUGGCGGUGGAGUGCUACAUCUCCGUCUGUCUUCCACUGUGACACGUGGAGCUCUGCACCAUCAGAAGAACUCACGUUCUCAUUGGUUGGAUUUGGGCCAUGAACAUAGUUUCUGCUCUGUCAGAUGUGUUUAUCGUUCUGGCAGCACAGCCUCUACAGUUAUUUCAUUCUACUAUUUUUUGUGAGAGGAACAACCUGCUCCGACGAUCUGUCAGUGUAAAACAGAGGGAGGUUUCCUACAGUAUCUACCUGAGUGUUUGGUUCACGCUCCUCUACGCCUACUUCAACAUCUUCCUGCUGGCUGCUAAAGCUGCUAAAGGGAGUAAAUCAGGGGAUGGAGAUGCAAAGAAGGGAAGUGAAACCAUCCUGCUUCAUGGCUUUCAGCUGCUGCUGUUCAUGCUCACCUAUUCAUUGAGAACAUUAUUAAAUUAA